AUGGUCAUUGUAUUAAAUAAUAAAGCUAUUCCACUUGCGAUAUCGCAAGGUCUUAAUUGGCAAUAAACAAGCAAUUUCAACGUAUCAAUCUGACCGGAAAUUUUCCAGAAGAUGAACCCACGUAUACUGCCAUAAAUAAGUCCCUUGAUUGAUUUUCCAAUAAUACGAAUGGCCAUGUGUUUCCCUUAUGACCAAAGAUAAAAUACUGGCUAUAACACUAAAGAUCAUCGCGGAGGAUCAUCGAUAAAAAAAAUCAUCCUGCGAUAAGUACUGGUCUUAGCGGAUUGUCUAGAUAAAUAUCAUAUGUAUAGAAUGAAAAUGGGGAACAAUAAAUGAUUCAAAUAAAUUUAGCAUUCCCAGCUUCUUUGGUCCCUUUUUCGGGUUGAAUUGGGCGACGUGACGCCGCCGAAGAGAUGCGCCAGCAAAGAGGAUAUUGAUUGAGAAGAGAAGUGCGCGCGUAGACCCGCCCAUGGCGACGCAGAAUUCUACACCACAGGGCGUUUGUGCACCUAUCCGAGUAUACAUAUAACGAUAAAAUAUACAUCAAAGCAUCCUAUAUACCAGCGUUGGUCUGCGUGCGUAUUAUCACUGCGGUUAAGCCGAGGAUAAGCAUUGUUACUCUGCUCCAGACAACCGCGGAUGCAUUUCCUCGGCGCAUAGAGUUUACCGCGUGGAUAACAAAUCAGAACCGCAUUAAUACCUGAACGAUUAUCGAUGUGACUGUUCAAAAUUCAACAAGACAUGUAAUCGGUUCCGGCUCCUCUUCCUCAUUCACAAUAAAUAAUUCCUCUAAUCUCACCUCCAAAUUUUAACGUGAUGGUAUCGACAGAAAUGUGCGAGUGCGAAUUUCAUUUACGGUAAAGAAAAGGCGUCGCGAUUUAUUCAAAAAUUACAAACCCGUAUGCCCUUGUGAAAUACAAUAAUUGGGACUCGCGUAUAAAAAUUGUUUAAAUAAUUGAUAAAAACGAGAAGAGAAGUACAAAAAGAUAACCGGGAGAACGGAGAAGAGGAGCAUAACUUUUUACCACGAGGAUGUCGGAUAGCGACGACACGGAGGGCUCUGCCGGGGAGUGGCCAGUGACAAAGGAGUGGCUUGAAGAAUUACUGAUUGUUUAUCACGGAGAAGGGUCCCAGGUUUCUGUCGACGAUUUCACCGUACGACCAGGUUGUGCCGCGGGCGAUAGCGUCCUUAGCGACAUACUCGCUGUAUCCGUCGAGUACCGUUUAAAACCGGAGAACGCACGAUGCGAACUAAGUGUUAUCGUUAAACUUUUGCCCCAGGAUCCUUUCAGCCGAUUUUUCGUCACCGAAGCACAAUUCGAUCUUCGCGAAAUAAAAUUUUAUACACAGGUCGUUCCCGAGUUAGAGGCAUUCCAGAAGAGGCAGUUAGCUGGUGAAGACAGUUCGAUUGAACUUCCGGAUUUGCCAAUACCAGCGUGUGUUCACGCUCACUACAGCCCAGCAGGAGGAAGCGAAGAGAGCCCUGAACCUCCGGAAUCAUUUUUGGUAUUAGAAAAUUUGCGACCUCGAGGCUUUGAGGGGGCUGAAUUUUCCAGAGGAUUAACUCUGAGGCAGGCUGAGGCUGCGCUUAUUGCGGUCGCACGUCUUCAUGCUCUCUCACUCGCUAUUAAAGUCAAGGAGGGAACUUCGCUGUCUGAGCGAUACACUUUCUUAUUUCAAACAGCCCGUGCUACUGAUUCCUACCAACAACUUGUCGAACGAGGAUUACCUCAACUUGCUCGAUUCCUCGAGAGAAGACCUGGGCUUGAAGCCGUACUGGAAGCUCUUCUGGCUCUCCGCCCUCGAACUAAGGAAAUUAUUGCGGCACUUCUUGCGCCCGAAGGUCCUUUGGCUUUAAUAACGCACACAGAUUUUUGGUGCAACAAUCUACUAUUUCGAGAUACAGAGGAUGGAGUGUGUGAGUGUGCCAUCCUCGAUUGGCAAAUGGUAACUUAUAGUAGACCGACAAACGACGUAGCUCUGCUGCUCGUCAGUUCUGUUCCUACUGAAUUAAGACGUAGGCAUACAGAGUCACUUUUGGAUCGAUACUGGACUGUAUUAACUAACAAUUGCAGUAGCCUUGGUUUGGAUAUUCCAAAAGACUUGGGCUAUAACCGAGAAGACUUGAGUCGAGAUUAUAGACGAUCGUUACUUCUAGCACUCCUACUGUGUAUAGGAUCAGUGGACGUAGCUUUAGGAGAUCCCCUUACCGAACAACGACUAAUAGAUGUUUUAGAAGACCUUCAUAACGACGGAAUACUAUCGGGAGAGUCUAUUGAAAUAACUGCAUCAGUUCCGUGAUCCUUGACCGAGUCUACAAGUAUAUUGUUUAAAAUCUGUCCAUUUUCGUGUUCCGCAAAGUGAUCGGUAACAGUGGGAUUGAGCAGUAUGAAGAGAAUCGUAUUUCUUUUGAAUUUAGAUAUCCAGCAUUUCAAUAUAUGGCUGAAAUAUACUUUCUUUGUGGCUUUAAUGCUUGUAUGAAAGAAGUUAACGAGACAUGUAUCAUGUAGAUUAUCUAAGCUAGAAAUAAUAUAAUCAAAACCAAAGAUUUGGUAAGAUUGUGCCUGGGUGCUUGAAAAGUCCACAAUUAUAACAUAAUGCUGAUAUUACUAUCGAUUCUUAUCAUUUUCCGUUACACCUUUGCGAAAUUGAAACCCGACAUAAGUUGAGCAUGAAUAAUCAAAUCGAACUGUAACAUACCAGAACUCAGGACAUCAUACAAGUAUCAAAGCCGGAAUUCCAUUGCACGCCAUAACGCGAAACGGAUAUGAGUUCUCAAGUUCUGAAUAAUAACUGACCGCUUUACACGGCUCCCUCAUCUUUGCCCUGUUACGAUCGCUUAUCGCACACAUUUCUACUGAUAUAAUUGUGUGAUAUUAAGUUUAAUAAAUAUUUCAACGCCUGAGGAACGAUUUCGUGUAACUGUACCUUUUGUUUUUAGAUAUUAUAUGCUACAUCAACAAUGAGAAAGUAUAAUUGAAUAUGGAAAAUAAAACCCUUCUUUUAGUAUCCCCGUAUAAUAAGAAAAAAAUAUUACAAAAAAAUGAUAACACAGACAUCAUAGUUCAUUAGGAUCUGUUAUCAUCAAGUGUGAAUUUCAGCACGUAUUUUGCGAUUAAAUAUUGGUAAGACAGAAGAAAAAUAAUGUUGGAGUUGCUAGCGUAAGAAUGACCAUGUAUUUUGUUAGUAUGUGAACACAAAAAAUGAUGCCGGAAAGUAUUAGAAAUUAGGAUCUCAAUUACGGAAUAAAAAUUAUAACGAA